AUGUGUGACCAUGAGGCUAAAAAUAUUGCUGAUAUGCUGGGGGUUUUGAAAGGUCGGAGGCAGCAAGGAGGAGGCUCCCGGACUGAAGCGCUUUGCCUAGGAGGCCUCCCCCGCUACCGGGGAGACGUCUCCCACCGCCCUUGGCGGGCUCGGCCACUACGACACAGGGGCGGGGCCUAUGUCGGGGAAGGCCUGAGGCCAUAUACGGGGCGGGGCCUCGCGGGAGGCCAGUGCGCGGCUGCGGUGCUUGACCCUCCCUUCGCUCCGCCUCGGGGGAGACUAGGCAGCACCAUGGAAGAAUAUCACCGCCACUGCGACGAGGGCUUUAAUGCCGAUGAAGCUCACAAUAUUGUUAAAGAGUGUGUAGAUGACAUCUUGGGUGGUGAAGAUUAUAAUCAAAACAAUAUCAACCAGUGGACUGCAAAAAUAGUGGAACAAUCCUUAACCCAUUUGGUUAAGUUGGGAAAAGCUUAUAAAUAUGUUGUGACCUGUGCAGUGGCGCAGAGGAGUGCAUAUGGCUUUCACACUGCCAGCUCAUGUUUUUGGGAUACUACAUCUGAUGGAACCUGUACCGUAAGAUGGGAGAACCGAACCAUGAACUGCAUCGUCAAUGUUUUUGCCAUUUCAAUUGUCUUGUAACCAACUAAACUGUUAGGCAAAAGCCACUAAUUUAAGAAUGUGUCUGUGUAUCCAACUGCGUAGUCAAUGUUUUUGCCAUUUCAAUUGUCUUGUAACCAACUAAAAAUGUUAGGCAAAAGCCAUUACCUUAAGAAUUUGUCUGUGUAUCCUUUCUAAAAAGAGUAGUAGUUUUUUAUUAAUGCACUAGAUGAAAAGUACACAACAUGCAUCAACACUAACAAAAAAUAUAAUAAGCAAGCAUUUGCAUAGUAAAUUGACAGAUUGUUUCAUAUCCUAUACAGCAUCAUUUAAAUAGGAAAAAUCGAAUGUUAUCAAAAAUUAAAUGCAGAAAUAUGGCAUGAUAUGGUGGCUUUUCGCUAACACUAGGUACUUAGGAGAUGGGGAAAUACAUUCAGAUGAUAAAAUUCUCUCUCAGCUAGAGAAGCUAACAGGAAUAGAGAUCAAAAAGCUGCAAGGAUAAUUGUGGAGAAAAUGAUAAUGACUUGGCCAAUACUUAAUAUUUUAUCUCUUCCCCUUAGUUAUACAAAUAAUUUAGCGGAAAGGAAUUCUUUUCUUUUUUUCUAUCAACUACAAUAACAGCUAUGAUUAACUUUACUUUUUCUGAGAAUUGUUAAAUUGUUUUUUAUUUUCAAAUGCUUGAAUUUACAUUUGAAUUAAAUCUGGUAACCUAAAUUCCCUAGUUAAACAAAAUUAGUUACAGUGUAUGUCGAACUGCAUAUGACUCAAACAACUGCCUUACAAUUCAUUUAUUCCACAUGUAACAAACAUUUAUUGAAUGCCUAUUGUGAGCAUAUUUCUCUCUAAGCAUUGCAGUUAUUCAUAUGCUAUUUAGAUUCUCAGUUUCUUUUAGCACCUAUUUGGUUGGAAAACAGUAACAUUUAUGUUUGGGGAAGAAAAAAAGAGUUGUUCUACAAGAGAGGAAAAAAGUAAAUCUGGUUGUUCAUGUAGAAGUAAGCAAAAUGAAAAGCACUUAUUACUGACAGAAUUAUAGAUGUAAUUUUAAGAAUUGCUCCUAGCAAGUUAAAAAUGCAUAAAAUAUGCAACUUUUAUAGGCCUUAUUAGCAAUCUAACUAUGUUAGUAGUGAAUUAUAUCAUUGUUGUAGUUACAACCAUCUGUAUAUAACUUUAAAUACUUAUGUGGGGUUCAAAUUGAGUGGAGUAAAGUAUAAAGUAAAAGUAUACAAUCAUUAGCAGGUUAUCUAAUAACUCAGGGCUUAUGAAAUGUAAAAUUAUUAAGAAAAUAAAAGAUGAGAAAUUAGGGUACACACAGCUGGCCACCAAAUGUGAAGUCAAUCUGCUAUUUAAUCUUAAAAACAAAGUCAAUUUUGCGUAUUACCACUAACACUAAUACAUACAGUCUGGGAUCAUGAUUCACUGAAUUUUUCUGGAAAAAAGAGCUUAGUUUAGUAUUGACAAUAUCAAAGGGAGUAUUCUUGUAGGAAUACUGUGUGCAUGUUUGAUAUUUUGCUGAAUAACAAUAAUUGUUCAAUGUUGAAGAAUAUCAAGCAAAUAUAAAGAUAGAAUUUAAUGCAGUGCGCUACAUUUUUAGCACAUGAAAAACUCUGACAGCCAUUAACUUUACGUUACUGCAGGCUGUUGGCUCUUGUGCCCUUGAGGAUAAUGAUAGUGACCAAAAUAUCUGUGCAGUUUAAAGCUUAAUUUUGAUUAUUGUCAUGAAACCUGAUUUUAAAAAUAGUCAUCAAAACAUACCUCGUGAAUUUGCUAUCUGUUCUGUUUCUAGUUAAAAAAUAUAAUAAAGAUUAUCUUCCUGUGCCUUU